AUGAACAACGACAUCUGUAUGUUUGGACUGACCAAAUCUGGAAAAACCUCAAUGAUUAGGGUGAUAUUCUAAAAGUUAGAAAUCUACAGAACAUUCCAAUUAGACCCUACAAAUAGAAUGGAAUCUGUUCCAGUCAACUUGGGAUCUCACAUUCAUUUUAAGAUUUAUGAGUUUUCUGGGCAUUAUGAUUUGAAUGAUCCACAACCACCUGAAAUCGCAGCCAUGGAAACAUGCAGUCUAAUGAUCUAUGUUAUUGAUUCUUAAGCAGAACCAUUUAAUGAGGCUGUCUAAUAUAUGAGACAGGCCAUCCAAACUGUAAAAUAAAGGUCUCCACAUUGCGAAUGUCAUUGUUUUAUUCACAAAGUAGAUCCUGACAUCGAGGACAACAAAAAGAAUGAAUUACUGCAAUAAAUCUAAAAAGACAUUUCAGAUGAACUAUCCAAGAAUGGCAUGAAUUAAAUCAAGGUUGAUUUUCAUGUUACUUCCAUCUUCGACCACUCAUACUUGGAACAUUUUAGUAAGGUAAUCCAAAGGAUAUUGCCAUACUCUUAAUCUAUUUCAACUUUGCUAGAUUCAUUCAAUCUCGCAAGCAAGAUAGAGAAAUCCUUUUUAUUCGAAAUCUACUCAAAAUUAUACUUGGCUAGUGACUCUUAGCAUUUUCAUAGUACAAACUUCUAGUUGUGUUCUGAGAUGAUCGAUGUGUUUAUUGACGUGACUUGUAUAUAUGGAAAGUUGGAUGAUGCUGGCCAAAGCUAAAUAAAGUUAUCUGAUGGAUCUAUCUUAAUUUAUUAGACAGUGAAUGAAGGCAUUUCGUUAAUAAGUAUCUUGAAAUCGGAGAACUUGGAAAGACCAUUUUUAUUGGAAUACAAUAUAAAUUAAUUCAGAUAGGGUUUAGCAUAAAUAUUUAAAAUUAAAUGA